GAGGAGUCAAUCUUUGCCAGCCAAGGCAGCGUUGCUUCACAAGUUGGACUUUCGCAGACCUUGCAGCUGGCGCCUGCUGCCGCUGACCAUUGCCAAGGUGAAGGCAACCCAGGCUGCGCAUGGUGAGAAAUCUGGCAACCCGGCUAGCAGCGCCCCGACCACCAGUCCCAACACUGCAGGCCUGCAGGCCAGCAGCCCAGAGGCGAAAGCUUCCAAGGCCAUGAAGAGGCCGGCCGCCAAGACUUGUGACGCUCCAGUCAUGAAGAAGCCAGCUGCAGCCGUGCGAGAGGAGCUGUGGAAGGAUCACUUGGAGCGUCUGUUUUGGCGACUGGCUGAGAAUGACACGCCGCUGGAGGACGCGCUGGAGUUGUUCUAUGAGAAGCAGAAACAUCUUGACUGCCAUGACCAUCGCUCUCCCGCCGAGUUGUCCUUGGAGCCGGCAUCCCCGGAGCCUUCUGAGCCUGGGUCCGUGGACGAGGUGCCUGCUGCACAGCUGUCGCCAGCUUCUGAUGAGCAGUCUGGAGAUGGCCCAGCGCAAGCUACUUGCGAACCACCCGAGAAGAUGAAGAAGAUG